AUGAAAAUGACAAUCAUCUCAGUGAUCCUUCCCCUUGCAAUCUCUUGUUUCUUUUUAGGUACUGGAUCUUCAGGAAAGAAGAUUGACUGUUCAGAAUACCAAAUUAAAAAACACCCAAUAGUUUGCCCUAAGUACUAUUUCCCACUUUGUGGAACGGAUGGCGUUACCUAUGGCAACGAAUGUUUCCUGUGUGCAAAAAUUCUAGAAGGAGCCAAGAUAGAUCUGGCACAUAAAGGAGAAUGUGUUGACUGCAGUCAGUACCCACAGCCACAAAAGAAAACACCCGGAGACUGCCCGAACGCAUAUAUACCUGUGUGUGGUACAGAUAAUAAGACUUAUCCCCAUGUCUGCAUCUUGUGUGCAAAAAUCAGCACAACCGGGAAACAGAUUGGCAUACUUCACAAAGGAGAAUGCACGAAACAAAAGAAUGGAUGA